UGCUGUUUCCCAGGUAGGAUAAUAUUUGACCACUGCAAUGUACCUGGAAGAAUACCAGACAGAGAAGUCGAUAAGGAGCUGUUGAGUUUGGAAAUUCAUUGGAAGCUCCACAAACCUGCUACAUCUGCUGCUGCUGUGUAUUGGCUCAGUAGGAAGUAUGAAGUACUUUAUUUUCUUGGCCCUCUUUGCUGCAACAUAUGCAGCUCCUGUCCAGGAUGACAAGAUUGUUGGAGGCUAUGAGUGCAGGAAGAACUCUGUGCCCUAUCAGGUCUCUCUGAACAAAGGCUACCACUUCUGUGGAGGCGCCCUGAUCUCAAGCAAAUGGGUGGUGUCUGCUGUUCACUGCUUCGGGAGCAGUUUCGUGCGGGUGAAUCUUGGUGAGCACAACCUUGCUGUCAAUGAGGGUACAGAGCAGGUCUCUUACGCUCAUAAGGUCAUCCCACACCCUGACUAUACAGUCUUUAGCACGGACAAUGAUAUUAUGCUAAUUGAGCUGAGCCCACCCGUCACCCUGAACAACUACGUCCGCACCGUGUCCCUGCCCACCAGCUGCGCCGUCACCGGCACCAAAUGUCUGAUCUCUGGAUGGGGCUACACCAGCAAUUCUGGAGACAGCUACUCUGAUCGUCUGAUGUGCCUGGAGGUCCCCAUCCUGAGCGACAUAAGCUGCAACUCCUCCUACCCCGGACAGAUCACCUCCAACAUGUUCUGUGCUGGAUUCCUCCAGGGAGGCAUGGGCUCCUGCGAGGGUGACUUUGGUGGCCCCCUGGUGUGCAAUGGUCAGCUGCAGGGUGUGAUGUUCUGGGGUGAAGACUGUGGCCUGAAGAACAAGCCUGCAGUCUACACCAAGGUCUGCAAAUACAACUCCUGGAUCCGUGAAACCAUGAUGUCUGAAUAAAUGGAACUGAACCUGUCAGGAUUCCAGUCCAGCUCCUGCCCUGUGAUCCUUUCCUGACUCUCUUUCUCUCCCGGCCACUCGCCUGUCUGAUUACAACUGAGUGCUGCAUGAGCUUCAGCUGGGGGUAAUCAGACAAUUCUGUUCACCUGCUUCCCACCUCUGUAUAAGAGCCCUCUGCUCCCCUCAGUGUUUGCAGGAGCAUUUGUUUUGGAUUGAGUCACAUGCUGUUUCCUCUCAAUCCCUUCAGCUCUGAACUUUUCUGUGGGUUUCUCCCUUCUGGACUCAAUUGUGCUUUUGGUUGUUUUUUUUGGACUCUUCUCAGUUGCCUGCUCUCUUAAGAGAUGACUUUUCCAGCGUGUGAGUAACUCUCAGUUCACCUGUAUUAAGAAGUGAUUAGUUUUUGGAGAUUGGAAUUGUUUGGCCUUGCCUCUAUUUCUGUUCAUAGUUAUCUGGUGGAUGUGGUUUUGGAUUUUGGUUGAAUAAACCCCUUUUCACCUUUAACACCUGUUGUCUGUCUGUUGGUGACUGCGCCUGGGUUCUACCACACACUCUAAGCUGUAACAGAACCACUUCAACCAACAUUAAUCUCAAGAAACUAUGACAGUUUUGAAUGAAUAAAUCAUUAACCUGA